GGGUCCGUCCAUCCGUCGACAAACAUCAUGAUCCUCACUGGCAGAAAAUAGCAUGCUUCAUAUCCGCUCGUUGAGUAUCUAUUGCGUGGUUUAUCAAGCAGACCCGUUCCAUUGGAAAAUCGUCUUCGGGAACGGAGCCGAAUGAAAAAGCAGAGGUCGAAAGGAGACAGUAACAGAAUGAGCAAAGAUCCUUUCGGCGGGUCGAGCAGCGCUGAUGUUUCUCCAAGAAGUAGCGCACCUUCCACAGUGCAAAUUGACAGCGGUCCGGCGUCGUCGCGGGGCCGCGGAGAGGGCCCAACUUCUGGACCUGAGUCCGAAGAUUAUGCCUGCUGCUCUCGAUAUAUUUCAUUCGAAUGAUUGUUGUAUCCUGUAGCUCUAGCUGCACAUCUGCAUCUGGUUCUCAAAAAUGUGAGAGCUUCAUAGCAUUACUAGUAGUUAACCUAACCACGUAACCUAACCACAUUCAUCCUCUAUCUUUGCUCUCAUGUCAACAGUUUUCAAUGGUCAAAUAACAAUAAGGAGCCUGUUGAGUCUCACUUCUAAUACGACGUUCAACGGGUUUUAGACGAGAUGCGGCGUGGACCAGGAAGCAAGCUAGCCCCACUGAAAUCGGUUAUCUUAUGGCAUGAUUGUUCCAUAGAAGCAAGAUGGUAAUUGUACUGUUUUCUAGAAGUAGCUGCAUUCAGAUUCAAUUUCAAAGAAUUAAUACAAUUCAACUUACACAAACAGAAACACAACAUCAUCUUUUCCGAUUCAUUGUUUGUAUCUAUUAGUCAAAUCACACAAGGAACUGCAAGCGGCUCACAUGUGUUUUGCUUAUUGAUCACAUCGUUGGCCUAUGCGACCACAACUGGGUAUCGAUAAAGAAGAAGGAAGCUGGACCGCAAAUAGCCAGACUUGACAUCAAGCGUGCUAGUAAAGCCAUCUCCACUCAUCUAAAAAGAGAUGACCAAGACGUUGAUGGAAAGGAGCGGCUGCAGACCAAGUUGGAACAAUUAGAAAAAGAAAUUCAAACCCUGACUUCUUCCUCGGGAUCUGCUGCGCGGCUAACAACUGAACAACAGAAGGCUUCAGAAAUGACGAAGCUGGACGUGACCGAGGCCAGCUCAAGCGCCAGAACCUCGAAGGGGCUCGGUGGCCUUGCAAAUGGAGGGCCUUCGAGAGCCUCCAAGGGACCUGGAGGCGCAAGAGCAUUUGGCUCGUUAAAAAGCGUAGUUAAGGCUAGUUUUUUCUGAUAGUUUUCGUUCAGUUCAUCCAGCGUAAAAAUCAAUCUGUAUUCUGAUUUUUUUUUCCCUACGACUACGUACGAGUAGUCAUUGAAAUAGUUAAAGAUGAUUGAUCUACUCGCCACAUGAUAGAUCACCCAGACUCAGCAUGUCGAGGGCGAUCAAUUUCAAACUCUAGGGCCGCUAAUGUAAACACCACCUUCUCUGAGGCCGCGUUACCGCCAGAAUCCGACACCGGAUUAGGAAAGAGUACUUCAUCAAAAGGUCAGCCUUCUAGUGGGAAAUCGAUGAAAGGGCCUGGCAGUAAGGGUCCCGGAGCGAUGUCUAGCAGUUCGAAUGUCUCCAGUUCGGACGCCGAGUUUGCAGGACGAAUCAAAAAAGGUAUAUUCAUUGCGCGGACCAUUUUUUUCUUCAUACUUGGAUUUGUUGUCGUUUCUUUCUCGUCGUUCUCUUGCUUCUAGGCCACUUGUUCUUAGAAAUAAUAUGUGCCCUAUUGUCGUUGAUUCAGGCUCAAAGCCAAACUAGCGAGGAUGCUGGAUUAUCAUGAUCAUAGACCUCGCCAUAUUCACACAUUGCACAGGUCGCGGAAAUGUCGACUCAUUUACAUCAGAGUUGCGAAGUGGUAAUACCAAAGCUGUCCGAGAUAGUUCUGCUUUCGAGAGCGCCAUGGAGGUACAAGAACUACUCAGCUCUUAGAGUCUAGACUAUAUUCAUCUGUCGGUUGGAUUAUAUACAUUACAGGUAAAAAUGUUGUAAGUAUUUGAAACUUCUGAUUAACAUCACCUAAGUAGUAUUUUCGAUGAGUGUGCUGGUUAUGAAAAUGAACACUGUAAUAUCAUAGAAUCGACGAUGUCGUUUUUUUUAUUCCUUUCAGUUUCAGUCUGCGGAUGAGACCGCUCCUGCAGCGAAGGCGGAGGAGGAGGAGGGCGCUUGGAGAGGGUCAGAAAGGGACAGAGAUAGCGCUGGUAGCAUUUUACGUGAGCCCAGAACCUUCGCCGAACAGCCUGAAAAUCCUUCAACGGAAACAGCGUUAAAGGAUGGAAUAGAGGACGGGGUGCAACGUGUGCCAUCUGCCGUGGCUUUCGCAGUGAACGACUCAAAAAGUACUAGGUCUGCUCGAAAUAGAACACCACAGGAAGAAAAGGAGCAUGAGAAAAACAUCAAGCUGCUUCGAGACACUUACUAUACGAGAGCUGUAGAUCGUGCAGAAGCAUCUCUUCUGUAUCUGACGGACGAUAAGGACCGCAUGGUGGAGGUCCAGAACGACUAUUUUUAAGGCGCCAUGGUUUCUCUUUCUCACAAUUGAUUCUGAACUAAGAAACUACCGUGGGGUGUUCUGUCUUUGUGUUUGUCGGAAGAAGGGAUGAUUGCAUGGACACGACAGCGAGUCACAAAGAACUCAAGCCCCGGGAUAUUAAUGGAAAGUAAGUGCUUCUCUCUAAGAUUUAGCUGCAGAAGAAGAAGAUGAUGCCCAACAAGAUGAACCACGAGAACAAGAACGGGAAAUGGAUUUAUGCAAGAGCUCGAUCCUGAGCAGGUUGCAAGAGAUCCAGAACAGGUUGGAGACCGUUACAGAGCAGGUUCGGCAAGACGCGGGAGAGGCGUACUUUAUGCAACGGCUGCUCGCGGACAGAAUGGAUGAAAAACAGCGCUUCCAAAACUUCCUAGAAGAAGCAGUCUUGCCAAAAAUAAUCAGAAUAGCGCAGGAGGCCGAGGAGGGAGCAAAUGCAGUAAAGGCGCCGCAUUACAUGGGGAAAACACAUCAUCAGCAACACGAGCAAGGGGCUUCGCACGUCAGAACAGAGUCUGAGGAACGACACCGGAAGCCGCUUAGGACAACGAAGAAGACUGAGGCUUUACGUCUAAAACAUGAGCGGGAGAAACGCGCAGAGCAGGAGAGGAGCGUAUCGCCUUUAUCGAAUGGAGGAAGACGCGCUGGCAGUGCCGACGGAAGAGGUGAGCACGACUUCGACUUUUACCUUGAGAAUCUGUUUAUUCCCUACCUUGCGCGGAAGUAGAUCGUUUUUACUCAUCGGUCUGUUUUAUCCAAGCAUCUGCAAUUGUCCUCGAUGCAAAUCGAUUAGCUAAUUUUGUGGUUGUUGUUUCAGUCGAAAAUAGCAUUUGGUUUCUUGAGGUUCCUGCCUGUGCAGACACACGACGUGUUCAUGACGAUCCUGUCCAUGUCUAUCUUCUCCUUUUUACAACUCUCUCACGACAGACCGGAGCCGGUCAGCGAGUCCAGUCCGAAAACAGACUGUAUGCAAGCAGACAGCGGCUGUUUCAGCUUAUAAAGAAGCAGUUAUGCGAGAUAGAGAGCGACGACGGCUAGAAAGCGAGGAGAAGUUCAAGCAACUUCCGAAACAAGCGCAACUUGAAAAACUGGCACAGCAAGAGGAGCGACAACUACGACGGGGGCGAGAACGGUAAAAUCCAAAAUAUAGGUUUGCACUAAUCAAAAUCGAUGACACUCUACUUACCUCUCUGAUAAUUUUAGAUGAAGAUGCUAUGGAUUCUCAUUGAUUGCUAGGGUGACUCUGUUGUUGUGGAUGGUGAUUUAAUGCUUUGGUCCAAACGUUUCUCGUGUUGUUCAAGACCCUUGGAGCACAUGGCCUUUUUUCAACAGGUCUGUUGAGCGAUCAGCGCGUCCUCCAGAUACCAUCGCCAUCGGUGCUGACGGAUAUAACAGGAAUCAAGCGCUAGAGGAGCUCGAGCGGGCUCGAUCAAGGGAACAACAGCCGAGUCCGUUUUCACGGAGAGUCGAGCGGAUGAUCAGGGGGCAGCAGCAAGAGCACGUGAACCGGAUGAUGAAGCCUUCCGGUUACGUGCGCUUCGAUGUGAUGAACCAGGAAUUUUUACGUGAGGGACAGGCCGCUUUCGAGCCGGAGCUGGUCCGUUAUGGUUACAGUGUCGAAGAGGCGCUAGCUUCACCGGACGGGGACGCGAAGAAAGAGAGUUCGGGUCGUGAGGAUGCCGAUGCUGCUCUGUCCGAGAGUGGAACCCCUGUCUCAGAGCCUUUGUCACGCUCCCGGUCCAGGGAAGGAGGAGAAAAAAGUGGAAGUGAAGUAGAAAUUGAAGGUGGUGGGAACAAAAAGCCGCGUUCCUUCCUGAGAUCUAGUUCACCACCCGGCAUGAAAAAUUUCAUAGGAGUCAACAAAGAGCGGAUUCUCGCGCAGCAGGCGAAACUAAAAACUAAGCCACCUGUUCAAACGGUGCAAGUUCCGAUGAACAGUAGUGGAGCAGGCGCUUCUGCAGCUAGCGGAAGCCUGACGCGUCCGCCGGAUGGCAGCAGAAAGCGAGGCUUCAAUUCGGCGAUCGGUAGGCGGCUGGAGCAUCACAGUGUUCAUGUUGACCAUGUGGCGGAGAAAACGGAGACCUCCGCCGAAAGACACGCUGUUCACGCACUUCGAGGGCCGCAUACGCAUCACUACGCAUUUCACAAGAACAAGGAAUCAGGAAAGGCAUCCGAAAGAAGUGGCGCGUGCGCUCUACGUCACGGCCCGCGGACCCAGAUCGCGUUCGGGAUGGGACGGACGCCCUCUGA